CUCAUCGCACCCCUAAGCACAUUUGUUUCCAUCUUGGAUAAUUUGGCGACUGUACAUAGCUUUGUUGCCAUAGUCGCCAUCCCCUUUAAAGCAAUUAUAAAUAUUGAGCUCCAGCGUCUAAAGAAUGAUCGAAGGGCGCUGGUGCUCCUAAAUCAAAUGGCAGAUAUGAUGAGCCAGCUGACUGAGCUGUCAUCGACCGCUCCAGAUGAACCCGAGGAGACUGGCAUUGUCGGAAUUCUUCAAAAAAUGAAGAGCGGGAUAGACGAUUGUGGGAACAUGAUUGAUUGUUACCUCAAACAAAAAGUUAUCGUUCGAAUGGUUAAAUCCUUGUCUUGGCAGGAGAAAUUCGAGUCGUUUGCCCAAAAGUUUUCUGAGCUCAAAACGAGGCUGAAUGAUGCAAUAUUUGUCAUCAUUCACAAGUCUACAAAGGAGAUCAAUGAAAGGGCGAAGGCUUCGGAUGAGAAACUGGAUCAAGUCCUCGGAUUAUUGAAAAAACGUACGGAUUUGGAGUACCAGAUGGAUCGUUAUAUUCAGCAGCAUGGUGGAAUCGGCCGCUGUCUGGAAGACGAUAAUCUCAUUCAGGGGUUGAUUGCAGUUUCUGAGAGGAGAAUUGACGAUCCCUUUCCAUCCAUCGAUUACCAAGUCGAGCCCGCUGUUACGGAACACCACGACCGUAGAAGGCCUACGACCCGCUUCGUAGAUGACAAUUAUGAUGGUGUGUAUGACUUACCUCAAACUCGUGGAGCUGGCAUUGGGUCUCGCCGCGUGCGCACUCGGUAUGCCCAAGCUACCCCUUUCCCUCCUACCUAUCCAUCCAUGUACCAGCCUGUGUUGCAAACCGAAGGCUUCCGUCAGCCCUCACAAUAUCCGCCGGGGCCCGCCUAUCCAUCCAUGGCUCAACCAGUAUCGCAAUUCGAAACCACCCGUCGACCCUUGGAAUACCCGCCACCUAUUCCCCGUGCCACCCAACCUGGCCAGUAUGUUGACCUGGGGCUUGUGACGCGGUGCAGAGAAGAAAUUACCGUCGCUUUGAAUACAGGGAUUGACGCGCUGCUAAAAAACCAUUCGAUGAUUUGGAAAUUGAAAUUAGACCACCAAACGGCCGUGAUCACGAAGGAAAUACGGAUGGGCACUUCUCGUAUCCUUCAAAAGUUGGAUGCUGGUCCACAUGAGGGAGUUAGCGAUCCAUACUUGCGCGCCGUCUGGGAAACAGAGAAGUGGAGAGGCUCUGUCUCCGGCCCAGUGUUCGUUCAGGCCGUUCGGGACUACAUGAGCGACUGUAUAGAAUCCCCUGGCCAUCCAGAGCUUGUUUCUGAUCACUGGACCUUGAAAUUUUUGGGGGUAUCAUAUAGGAAUGCCCUUUUAGAAGCGAUCGACAUCGAUCACAGCAGCUAUGUCAGUGUCCAGGAGAUAAACAAGUUCACGGAAACAAAGCCCGCAGGGCACACUCUACCUGUUUGGCUUGCAUACUCCAUUGCGAGAUAUAGUUAUGAGGCAGCCCAUUAUAAAAAGGAGAUAUUGAAUAGUAUUGGUGCUCUAAACCGUAGUGCCGCUGAAGGACGCAUCGCGCCUGCGAUAGUUGGAUCAGUCCAUGAAUAUCUGAGCACACUCAACAACAUAGUUCUCGAGGGGCUUGUAUACCCACUUGUUGUUCCUCCCAGUCGGAUACGGGACAUUCAAGUACACGAGCCGUUGUCUGUGCUUUUGCGCUCGCGAAUGCGGGAACGAGAAAAGGAUCUUGCACAGAAGCUGUCCAACGCGCGUUGGGAGAUUGACGGAGCCGCCGCCUUAUCUGCUAUAAUUGGAGAAGGACCAUUAGAGCAUCACUUACUUCCACUCCUUUAUGUGUUCGUCAACCACUAUGCGGAAUCCGCAACAAAGGAGAUUAUCCCGGAGGGGGGGACCCGCAACUUCGUAACUGGAAGAGAAACUAUUUUAAAAAUCGCAGAGCUCGUAGAUGAUCGGGUCCUCUACCUUCGUGAAUGCUUUGGCCCAAACGAAUUUCCUACAUUUGCAUGUGGCCUAUUCUCUUUCUGGCACCCAAUCGCACCGGAUGGUGAUUCUCUGCCGGCUCUGUCCUCGGAGCAUGCCCAUGCUCUUGAAAGAACAGCGAUUCCAGGCUCAUAUUCUGUUGUGCCGCCACCACCCAUGGAGGUUUACCCUUCCUCAGACAGAUCUUCGAGCAUCAGCAGUACUAGGCGACGGCGACGGCGACGGCGACCAUCACCACCCUCAACACCAUCCAUACGGUCAAUAUCGCCACGACCAACACGAGUGGUACAACUACAGCCACCGUCGCCGCCGCAGUAUGCGAUGCCAUUACGGCCACCAUCACCACUACCACCAUCACGGUCAUACAGUCACCACUACGAUCACCACCACAGUACCACUACCAUGGUCACUGCCAUCGUUGCUGCCGUGGCUGCCACCUUGGCCCUCUUUACUUUCUUUUCCUUUUUCUUUCUUCUUUUUUUCGUCUGUAACUUCCGCAGGACUGUCUGAGGCUUGAGGUGAAGGGUGGACCUCCAGAAAAAGGGUACCAGAUGGUAAGGUGUGUGAGUGGCCUAGAGGAGCUGUCGAGAGAUGUCCUUGUCAGCCAUCGAGGCCCACAUAUGAGGGAAUGCGUUGCCGCACCAGCCAGCCUCCACAACCGAGCCUUGAUGACCCACAACCUUCUAUAUCUCUCCCCAUUUAUCCUUUCAUCUCACACUGAGUCAUGUAUAGUACAGCAUAUGCUGAUAGGACGGAAGUGUACUUUAAAAUGAACACAUCAUCAUCUUGCCGAAUG